UACUCAGCCGUUAGGCGGGAUCGGCUCAAUUCUAUAAUGGCUAGCCGGUAGUUGUGAAUUUUUUAAGCUUUGAACGGUGUCUAGCGCAUGGUAGUCAAACCCUACAGUUCUUAAUUAUCACCGAUACUCUGCAAGAAUAGUUUAUUUCUACAUGUAGAUAAGUUUCCGUCAAAUGAGAGUACUUCUGUGUGGUACACAAGUGGAUGCGUGACAUAACCAAAAAGUAAGAUUUCGAAACGCUUCUGAGCCAGUGAAGAAUUAGAAAAAGCAGAAAAUGGAACCCCUGAAAAUUCAUUUGGAUGCCCUGGAGAUGGCUGGGAAGAUGGUGGACAAGCACAUGACAGCAGACAGCAAUUUUCCGUCUUUGAUCAAUCUCAUGAGAUACUCAGUACAAGGAGGACCCACUGUCAGUGGUUUGGACGAUCAUGACUAUCCCAAUUUGAAUGGGAAUCUGAGCUUUAGUAGUAUAAAUCAAAUGAAGAUGCACAGUAAGAUUCCACUACCUUCGGAAGUAAUGGAGCACUUUGGUCACAUGCAGUGCCACUGUAUGAUGGGCCUCUUCACUGAUAUCUCCAAAGCUUGGCUGACAAUCGACAGUGACAUUUACGUCUGGUCAUACGAGAAUGAAUCCGAUGUUGCAUACUUCGAUGGUCUGAAUGAGACCAUAAUAAGUGUUGGUCUCGUUAAGCCAAAAGCAGGUAUAUUUCAAAAUUACGUAAAAUACCUGUUGAUCCUUACAACGACUGUUGAAAUUACUGUACUUGGAGUAACACUUGCUGAAAAAUCUGAUGGAACUCAGGGUGAAAUACAGCUGGUACCCGAACCAAUAUUUACAGUAACAACAGAUGGUAUAGCCAUAACCACAAUAGCCAACACAAGCAGUGGAAGAAUAUUCUUGGGUGGUAGAAAUGGCUCUCUAUACGAAAUUCAUUAUCAAGCUGAGAGCAGUUGGUUUGGAAAACGCUGUAAGAAGGUGAAUCAUUCUGAAGGGCCUCUGUCAUUUUUAUUACCCUCAUUUAUAUCAGUUGCACUGUCAGAAGAAGAAGCCAUUGUUCAAAUAUCGGUAGAUGAUUCUAGAAAUAUUUUGUACACACUCGGAGAUAAAGGAACAAUCAUGGUUUGGGAUAUUGAUAAUGGUGGUGCAUCAAAGGUGACAUCACUGUCUCAGUCAUCACUCGUACAAAAUACUGUUCACAUUGUAAAAACAUUGGAUAGCAAUAAUUUUCGACCAUUGGUGAGCAUAUCAGCUAUUACAGAGACUGAAUCAAUUCAUUUGAAUUUAGUCGCUGUUGCAGCAACUGGGACACGAUUCUAUUUCACUUGUACAUCAGUAACAAAUCCUGGGACAAGACCACAGUGCUUGCAGCUCAUUCAUGUGCGAUUACCACCGGGUUAUGCAGCCAAUGCACCAGUUAUGAGACCAAGAAAAGUUCAAAUGGCCCACUCUCGCAAAGGCACGCUCAUCCUGGUGUGCGGUGGCGACACCGAGACAGCUUGGUGUCUCAGUAAUGAUGCUUAUCCUUUCACCAAUUAUUUGGCUGAAACCCAGAGUAUUUUGCCACUCGACAGUCCUGCCUGGGCCAUGGCAGAGAUAUUUGGUGAAUCAGUAAUUAAUAUUGACAAGCAGGGAGUUCAAGGAGAGCCACCAUUGCUAGUACGACAACACAUGGAGCCACCGAGGAAAUUUAUUUUCCUGACAGCGCAAGGAGCUAUUAUCCUCAUUCAAGUGAGACCUGUGGAUAUUUUGCGACAGCUUCUCCUCGAACAACGUGGCCCUGACACUGAAUCAGUGAGAUUGUACUUUGAGAGCCAAUCUCCAGAGCAAGCCUGCGCUACUUGUCUCAUACUGGCGACACUGGAGUCAUCGCAAAAUGCACAAUUGUCAGAAUGGGCAACUCGCGCCUUUUUCCGUUAUGGGGGGCAACGAGCCACCCCCUCUACUCAGCAGGGUGUGGCGGUUUCAGGCAUGGUUCAUACAUCGACACCCAGGGUGUCAGCAAUGGACACACGACAAAAUAUGUUUAGAACACCGUAUCAGCAAGUUGGUGUAAAUGCCAAUGAAACAAGUAUCCACCAGUUUUCAGCAAAACACGGUGGACUCUAUCUGUACGUUGGAAGAAUUCUCCGGCCGAUCUGGAGUAUUAGAUGCAUUAAACAGGAGAUUGUCAAUGGAAAGCCAGUGCACGUAGAGAGCACGGUAACUUCUGUACAAAUUGGAUGGAUUCUUGGACAUCUUCAAGCAUUACGAUCAUUUCUCAAUAAGAAUACCCAUAUUUCCAAACAACACAGUACCGGCAGAAAUGUUACCACUGAGGGAACACAUUUUGAUACGACAAUGACACAUUAUCAGGAGCCAAUGGUGGAAGAGAGAAAUUCCCUUGAUGCCCUCAAGAUCUUUAUCACUCAUGCUUGUGAAGUAUUAGGACUGUGGAAGAUUUUAUGCGAGAAUCAGUUGCACAACAUUGUCAAUUCUCUCUCUAAAGAUCAGAUCAAUCAAUUUGCAACAGCAACGUUCAGGGAUUUAAUUUUGAUGGGGCACGAGAUAUGCUCACUACUGAUCAUCCAUCUUAUUGACAGUUACCUCGGUGACAAUACUUCAGUGGACGUGGUUAGUGCCAAACUUCGAGAAAUUUGUCCAAAUUUGUAUAAAAGUGAAGAUGCUGUGUGCUCGAAAGCUAAUGAAAUUAUUAUAAAAGCUAAAAAUUGCUCCAAUGCAGAGGAGAAAGAGUCGCAUCUCCAGUCUGCUUUGAAACUUUGUCAAACGGUAGCACCACGAUUGAAUUUAGCAGCAGUAUGUCAACAAUUUGUUGCUUGUCAAUUUUACACUGGUGUCUUGGAGCUCUGUCUGUGUUGUGCUGAAAAAAUCGAUCCAAACAAUGCAGCUCUUCAUUAUUACAAGAAUAAUGAGUCGAUAGAAGAUCAAGAGGGAAAUAUAGCAUAUUUUAAGAGGCUUGAAAUCUAUAAAGAAGUGACAAUUAUGCUCGAUCAUUUGUACAAUCAGAGCAUGUCGAAUCCAUUGACACCAACGAUACCAAGCAAGCCAGGACCACCGAGUUACAAUACAGCAACGACUACAACGAUACCAGCUAAACAAAUCCUUCAUGAGAUUAUUGAAGAUGCACUUCGCAGUUCAUGUGAAAUUCUUCACGCUUCAAUUUACACCUGGAUGAUUGAACGCAAUCUUCAUGGUGAGCUCGUUGCUCUAGCAGCGCCCUCCCUAGAGCCUUAUUUGAUUCGAGUCCAGGCUCCUGAAUUGUUGUGGCAAUUUUACGAGCGGAGCAAGAAUCAUGCUGCAGCUGCCAAAAUUCUCGAUUCGCUGGCGACAAAACCCGGCCCAAAUGUCUCAUUGUCGCAGAGAGUUGAAUAUCUUGCGAGAGCUGUGGUGUGCAUGAGAAGUGAUCAAGCUGGCUAUGCCCCUCAUCUCGGUGUCUUUCUCCGAGAACUUGAGGACAAAGUUGAAGUUGCGAGAAUUCAACAGCAAGUUCUCGAUACAAUUUCUAAUCAGCAACAUUUGUUCGAUAAUAUGGUGGUAAGGGAUGCUAAACUCCGGCUAAAUUCCUCACUACUUAAUAUCACGCAAUUGUACGAGGAAUACGCAGAUACUCUGCAACUUUGGGAGUCCAAAUUGGCUAUUAUUCACUGCUCUGGUCAUCAAGAUGCCAUGCUAGUACAGGGCAUUUGGACGAAUAUCAUUGAAAAUGAAAUGAAAAACGCACAAGUUCAGACCUCGGCUGAGGAUAAAAUGUCCAUUGUCAUGAGUAAAAUCAAAAUGCUAGGACAAGAGUAUUCUGGAACUCCUCAUUGCUUCCCAAUUGAUUUUCUUAUCAAGGAGUUGGAAAUUCGUGCAUGCAAAUUGGGAGUAUCAAACACAGACAUUAUCACGGGUUUUCUGCAGCUUGGUGUGUCAAUGGAGGAUCUUUUGGAUUUGUAUGACAAACUCAUUGGGGGAAAUAAUCGUGUCUGGUUGAAUGAGGGAAAUGAAUUUCAUUUAAUUGAAUCUACUGCCAAUCUUGUCAAUUAUUUCAUAAAUAAUACAAAAAUUUCCAAUAACUUUGUUAAACGAAAAAUAAUUAUCAAGUGCCAGGAUAUCAUUUCCAAAUGCCUAACGACAUUAUUCAGUAAACCCAAUGCCAGUGAGCUAAUUCAACGACUUAGAGCUAUUCAGAGUAUUCUCAAUAGGCUUUAAUUGCGCUAUUUGUAUUUUCUUAUUCAUUUUUUUUCUCUUUAUAUUAGUGUAAAACAAUCCCCUCCACUCUUUUCAAUUUUUGUAAUUUGUGAGAAAUUAAUAAAGAUGAAAAAAAGGAAAGAAAAAAUUAUGUAAAUACUUGAAUACA